CUGAAAAUGUCAUGUCCCAACAAUGUGACUUCUAACUCGUUUUUGAUGGACUCGUUGGCUGGUACCUGCCGGGGCGAGAAUUAUUCCUCUAAUCAAGGAAUGUACAUGCAGCCUGCGAACGACUUCAGCUGUGGAAUGAUGAGGAACUGUGGGAUCAUCCCGGCUCUUUCCAAAAGAGACGAGGUGAACCACGCCGGCGGGUUGUCCCUCAACACCUACCCGCCUUACCUGUCUCAGCUAGAUGCCUGGUGUGACCCUAAAAAUACUUACCGAAUCGAGCAACCUGUUGCAAGGCAGCUGCCCUCCUGCUCCUUCCCGACCAGUGUCAAGGAAGAAAAUGCUUGUUGCAUGUACAACGCCGAGAAAAGGGCGAAAAGCGCCCCCGAGGCCACCCUCUACCCCGGGCAGAUGCCUGAAGCUUGCCUCGCUGACCAGGAGGUGCCCCUGCCUAGCUACUACCGCGCCACCCCAGGCUAUUCCUCCCUGGAGAAGGCGCCCAGCGGCGGUAGCCCCAGCGCCUACGAGGCCGGUUUUGAACCCAGGGCGGGUCUCAGCCAAGCGAGCGAGCGACGGGAGCAGCUCCCGGGCCCACCGCCGCCGGCUCCCGCCGCCGCCGCCGCCGCGCAACAACCCCAGCCGCCGCCCGAGCGGCCACCCCCACCUCUACCUCCGACACCCGCCUCCCUCGCCCAGCCAGGAGCACCGGGGAGCUUCCCCGAAAGCGCCAAGCCGGACCCCAACCUGCGGAACAGCCCGGCUGGCGACGUCAAGACCGAGAAGAAUCUCCCGGUGGCCAAACUCAGCCCGUCGGAAACGGAGCAAAGCGGGCAGAAGUGUGCCGAGAGCAGCAGUGACAAUUCGGACCACGAGGCAAAAGAGGAUAUAAAGGCAGAAAACACGACAGGAAAUUGGCUGACAGCAAAGAGCGGAAGAAAGAAAAGAUGCCCUUACACUAAACAUCAGACGUUGGAACUGGAGAAGGAAUUCUUAUUCAAUAUGUACUUGACCCGCGAGCGCCGCCUGGAGAUUAGCAAGAGUAUUAAUCUAACAGACAGACAAGUCAAAAUCUGGUUUCAGAACCGCAGGAUGAAACUCAAGAAAAUGAACAGAGAGAACCGAAUUCGGGAACUGACUUCCAAUUUUAAUUUCACUUGAAGGUGUUCAGAGGAAGGAAGGGAUGGGCUAUAUGGGGAGAAUCAUUGCAAAUCUUGUGCAGUAUUUUUUUUUAAAUUAUCAUUAUUAUUUUCCCCCACUGCAGCCCCUGGACGUAAUUGCAAGGAGCAUAGGAGGGAGGCUGGGGAGGGGGGGAAAGGAAAAGACCUCAGGCUAAGUGUUAAAUUCUAUAAUUUGGAUAUUUAAAGAUUAUAGAGCGGAGAUGCAUUCAUCAGCAUGUGAACACUAUAUAUAUAUAUAGUGUUUCUAUAUGUAAAAUAAAGAACCAGCUGGUUGCUUACUAGCUUUCCAAACAUCUUCUAAUAUGUUUUUAAGUUAUUCAGAAACAGCACAAAGCGAAGAAAAGGGUGUGUUGGGGGCUUGGAAGACCGAAGGAUCUACAUCAAUGCCAUUUAAAAAAAAAAAUUAAAAUGUUUAGGACACUAGCUAUGUUUGAAAGUUUGCUUUUCCAUACCUUAGUGUAGCCUGCCUAUUGUACAAUAAUAAAAGAUAUAAUGACGCCAAUGAAUUUCAUACGUGUGAAUAUGUGGAAAUAGCAGAGAGAAGUGCUUACUCAAUGUAGUUUAUGCAGUCUCCUUCCAGUGAGGUGGUGCUGUCACCCAUUAUAUUUAAGAAGAAGAAAAAAGAAAAAUA